ACAGGAGGAGUUGGCAGUGAGCUGUGGGCUGCACUGGCCUCAGCCAGACUUCCUGGCCAAGCUCAGGAGGAGAGAUGCCCUGGACUGUCCUGCUCUUUGCAGCCGGCUCCUUGGCCAUCCCAGCACCAUCCAUCCUGCUGGUGCCCCCACACCCCAGCAGCCAAGAGGACCCCAUCCACAUCGCCUGUGUAGCCCCCGGGGGCUUCCCAGGGGCCAAUUUCACGCUGUACCGCGGCAGGCAGGUGGUACAGCUCCUGCAGGCCCCCGCGGACCAGCUGAGGGUCACCUUCAACUUGACCGGCGGAGGCAAGGAGGCUCCGGGGGGCACGUUUCACUGCCAGUACGAGGUUCUAGGUGAACAGCCGCAGCUGUCCGACCUCAGUGACACUGUGAGUGUCUCCUUCCCAGUGCCCACUUGGAUACUGGCACUCUCCUUGAGUCUGGCUGGAGCUCUCCUUCUCCUUGCUGGGCUGGUGAUCAUUGCCGUGGUGGUCAGGAGAGGUAAGAGCAGGCAGAGAAAGCAUGGCCCACCAGCUGCCAGCAUGCAACCCCUGAACAUGUAA